GAGACAUCCAUGAAAAGGUUGGAAGCCUUGAUGUUUGAGUAGACAAGAAACUAUGAGUGACGGACCUCAAGUGCACAUUUUUUGGGGUGCUCCAGGUAGUCCACUGAACAUGACAGUGUCACAGACCCCGACCUCUUUAGUAUCCAGUGAUGCUCCCUGGAAAAAAAUCCAACUUGUAUACACUCGCCAGUCCUUACAUCUGAAGGAUGAAAAAUGUAUGCAUGAAACUCUUGAAGAUUAUCAAGGCCCAGAAGGUACUGGCCCCCCAGGUCUUCCUCAUGGUCCUUUUUUAACAAAUUCUAUGAAGGAACCUGUUCAUGUGAAAGAAGACUUUAUACAUUGUAUUUCUGAAACAGAGACUGGAAAAUCCCAGAAGAGCUACCCCUUAAGAAUGGGUGAUAUAACUAGUUCUGAUGUGCAAAUGCGUGAACUUAAGGGCGGAGUUCAGCAUUUAACAGAAGAAGAAAACUAUCAGAAGCUUUUUGGUGACAAUAAGAAAAUCACAGAUGAACAGCAUAAAUACCAGUCAAAUGCAUGUGGUCAGAACUUUCCAAGAAAAGUCUUUCAGUUAGCUCAUAAGCAUGCAGCUGUCCUGGAAUUGGUCUGUACAGAACACAUUCAUCCAGGGCCGGGGGCUGUUGAAACCGAGUGGGCGCCUACGGGACACCGAGAGGGACAAAUCCAGUGUCUGGAGUUCUUUUCUUCGAAGACAGAAGAUGAGCCAAGGUCUGAACCUGUUAGAAGGGUCUCAGACCUUAAAAUAUCUACUGAUACUGAAUUUCUUAGUGUAAUGACUUCCAGCCAGGUUGCUCUUUUAUCUCAGAGGAAGUAUAAAGGACAGCAUUUUAUAAAUAAAGGGCCUGUAAACAUGGAGAUUGAAUCAAAGGCAAGUCAUGGAGAAAUAACUGAAGAUAAUUUGAUUCAGCCUAAAGAUGAUUUUGCAGGAGAUGAAAGUGGACAAAACCAAGCAGCCCAUUCCCUUGAACUCUUUAGUCCUGUUUGUCCUGAAACAAAAAGUGGCGACACUCCCAUGAAGCCGGAUAAAGGUCUUGAAGAAGAUAUAGGAUCUCAAGAACUUUUUGAUUUUGAAGAUAAAAUGCACCCCAGUGAUGUAUGUAUUGAGUCGUAUUGCUCAGGAAUACUAUGUUCCCAACUAAAUACCUUCCACAAAAGUUCCACUAAAAGAAGUUGGACCUCUGAAGAUAAAUUGGGCCAUUCCAAAGCUCUGUCUAAAGUCCAUCAACCAUCCAAGAAAAUUAAGUUGGUUUCUGAUGCAAGAGAUCCUACAGCAGUGGGCCAGAGGAAUAUGUCUAAAUUUAAGGGGAUUAAAAAGACAUCAUUAAUAAAAGAUUGUGAUUCUAAAAGUCAGAAGUAUAAUUGCUUAGUCAUGGUUUUAUCUCUGUGUCAUGUGAAAGAAAUAAAUAUAAAAUCUGGGCCAAAUUCUGGCUCUAAAGUGCCUUUAGCAACAAUUGUGGUAACUGACCAAUCAGAAAUUAAGAAGAAGGUCGUUCUGUGGAGGACUGCAGCAUUUUGGGCACUUACUGUGUUUCUUGGAGAUAUAAUUUUGCUCACAGAUAUUACUGUUCAUGAAGAUCAUUGGGUUGGUGAGACAGUACUACAAUCAACUUUUACCAGUCAGUUAUUAAAUCUUGGGAGUUACCCAUCUGUCCAAUCUGAAGAAUAUUCCAGGAUAGUUAGUGGUGGUGUACUUCAAGACUUACUGGCAUACGUGUCUUCAAAACAUUCCUAUCUCAGAGAUCUCCCUCAGAGGCAGCCUCAGAAAGCGAACGGUAUAGAAUUUGUGGAAUUGGAGGAGCUGCAGCCGGACGUGUUAGUCCAUGCGGUCCUGAGGGUUGUUGAUAUCACUAUACUGACAGAGGCAUUAUACAGUUAUAGAGGACAGAAGCAAAGGAAAGUUGUGUUAACAGUGGAACAGGUCCAAGGUCAACAUUAUGUGCUUGUAUUAUGGGGUCCUGGAGCAUCCUGGUACCCUCAACUUCAAAGGAAAAAAGAUUAUAUUUGGGAAUUUAAAUAUCUUUUUGUUCAGCGCAACUACAUGCUAGAAAGCCUGGAAUUGCACACAACAUCGUGGUCAUCCUGUGAGUGCUUGUUUGAUGAUGAUAUAAGGGCAGUGACGUUUAAAGCAAAAUUCCAGAAAGGGCCGCCCUCUGUUGUGAAGAUGUCAGAAUUAGCAACACACUUAGAGGAUAAGCGUUCAGGAGUGAUUCUAAUCAAAGCCUGGAUUUUAGAGCUAGUGAUUCCUGUGACAGCAGCUCAGAAGAUAACCCUGAAUGCCCACAGCUCCCUGAGGAGCCUCCUCUCUUCCCUUCCUGACAUUGUAUACACUGGCUGUGCAAAGUGCGGAUUGGAACUGGAAACAGAUGGGAACAAGAUCUAUAAACAGUGCUAUAGCUGCUUGCCUUUCACUAUGAAGAAGCUGUACUACAGGCCAGCUUUAAUGACCAUCAGUGAUGGAGUACAUAAAGUUUGUGUCCAUGUAGGAUCAGAGCUGAUUGAGAAGAUACUACUUAACAUUUCUCCUGACUGGCUCAACACAGUUGUUGCCCCUUCCUCAGAGAUCACGUACGGCAUGGUCGCAGCAGACUUGUUCCACGCGCUCUUGGCAGACGGAGGGGCACCUUGUGCUGUGAAGCUGCAGAGCCUCUUCGUGCUGGAUGAAAACAGCUUCCCCUUGCAGCAGGAGUUCUCCCUCCUGGAUUUUUAUCCUGACAGGGGAAAGCCCAUGCCCGGUGCCCUUCUCUGAGACCCCGUGAAGAAAUCUCAGUUGCCCAGCCACUGCAGUUUGACAAGAGAUGAAGAAGCCAUAAUGAUUGUAAAGGAAGAAAUACUACGGUCAUUUGUGGAGGUCAUGACUAUAUGCAAAGAAAAUACAAUCAAUCUAUCAAGUAUUAUAAUUUAAGUGACUGUAGUAAGGGCACUCACUAGAAACAAUUCACAUACAAAAGUCAACAGAAUCUCUACAUACUAGCAAACAUAAAUAUAAAAUACAUAAGAGUCUAGUGAAAGAUGUGCAAAAAUACUUUCCUUUAAACCACAAAAACGGUUUUAAGAAAACUUGCAAAAGACCAAAAGAAACAGAGGGAUACACCAUGUUAAUGGACUAAAGAGUCAAUAUUGUAGGGAUAUAAAAUGGCCCCAAGCCGGUCUGUAGACUCCAUGCAAAUCAAACUCUAGCGCUUCUUUGGUGUAGAAACUGACCAGCUGAGUCUAAAACGCUUUGCAGAAAUGCAAAGGGCUUCGUUCUGCAGGGAUCACCUGGAGUACAGGACUGAGACAACUUGGGCCAGAUCCCGCCCGUCCGUUGUGUGUUUUUUGUGUAUUUUUUGCCAAGACCAUGUCUGUAGACAUUCCAGCCCGAUACAGCACCCCUUUCUCCUCCUCCUCAGAACAGAGAGCCUGCCGGUCCCUUGCCAUUAAGAGUUUUCAGCCAUGAGUCAGACACAUCAGUUCACUUUUUGCUGUAAAGGGGAUACUUAACUUUUCCAAGCGGCCCUGGAAAGGCCACUGAUAGGCAUGAACGUCACCUUGAAAUGUGGGGGUGGCUGGCACCUCUUGUCUCAGGAUCCCAAGUGAAAUGGAAACAGUCCCAGUUGAGUAGCCUGCUGUCCAAACAUAUAGAGAAGCCCUAUCACAUGUGUGCUAUGAUGUUAUUAGAAACUACAGGAGUCUGUUUCAGAUUCUGCAUCUCCCUCUCUCUCUGCCCCUCCCCUGCUCACACUGUCUCUCUCUUUCA